UGCCCCGGAGACCACGACGCCGCUGCCCCGGGAACCCAUGAGAGCCCCGCGGCUGCCGCCAGCGCCGGUGGUGCUGUCGCUGCUGCUCCUCGGCUCAGGCCAUUAUGCUGCUGGAUUGGACUUAAAUGACACCUACUCUGAGAAAGGGGAACCAUUUUCUGGGGACCACAGUGCUGAUGGAUUUGAGGUUAUUUCAAGAAGUGAGAUGUCCUCAGGAAGUGAGAUUUCCCCUGCGAGUGAAGUGCCUUCUGGUAGCGAACUGUCCUCAGGAACCGACUAUGACUAUUCAGAAGAGUAUGACAAUGAACCACAAAUAUCUGGUUUUAUUGUAGAUGAUUCAGUUCGAGUUGAACAGGUAGUUAAACCCAAGAAAAACAAGACAGAAAGUGAAAAGACUUCAGAUAAACCCAAAAGAAAGAAAAAGGGGGGCAAAAAUGGAAAAAGUAGAAAAAACAAAAAGAAGAAAAAUCCAUGUGAUGCAGAAUUUCAGAAUUUCUGUAUUCAUGGGGAAUGCAAAUAUAUAGAGCACCUGGAAGCAGUAACGUGCAAAUGUCAUCAAGAUUACUUUGGUGAACGGUGUGGGGAAAAGUCCAUGAAAACUCACAGCCUGAUUGACAGUGAUUUAUCAAAAAUUACAUUAGCUGCCAUUGCUGCCUUUGUCUCUGCUGUGAGCCUCAUAGCUAUCGCUGUUGUUAUUACAGUACGGCUUCGAAAGCAAUACUUCAGGGAAUAUGAAGGAGAAGCUGAGGAACGAAAGAAGCUUCGACAAGAAAACGGAAAUGUGCAUGCCAUAGCAUAACUGAGAAUAAUAUUACAGGAUAUCACAUUGGAGUCACUGCCAAGUUACAACUAGAAAUGAAGCAUUGGUCCUCUUUCCGGUGGAUAAUAAGAAAAUGGAACCUUUUUGUUCUCAUGGUUUUAAACUUUCAAUUGUCACUUUUUAUGCUAAGUCUUAUGUCUGUACAUAAAGAUGCAUGAAGAUGAAAAGUAUUUUUUCAAGUUGUAAAUAAUUUAUUUAAUAUUUAAUGGAAGUGUAUUUAUUUUACAGCCCAUUAAACUUUUUUAAUCAAACAGAU